CCCUCGGAAAUUCCCCUCUCGUCUCGUCUUCUUUUCUUCCCCGAUUCGGGCCACGAUUCAAGGGCUCGAUAGCCAGGAGAGCUCGAUCUUGGUCGGCCCCGCCGGUCCGGUCUCCGAUUCGGAUUCAUGGCGUCUCGAAGGCGAAUGCUCCUCAAAGUCAUCAUCCUCGGGGACAGCGGGGUUGGGAAGACGUCUCUGAUGAAUCAGUAUGUCAACAAGAAAUUCAGUAAUCAAUAUAAGGCGACCAUUGGGGCUGAUUUCUUGACUAAAGACGUCCAGAUAGAUGACAGAUUGUUCACGUUGCAGAUAUGGGACACAGCAGGGCAGGAAAGGUUCCAGAGUCUUGGUGUGGCUUUCUAUCGUGGAGCCGAUUGCUGUGUCCUUGUGUAUGAUGUUAAUGUCGUGAAAUCGUUUGACAAUUUGGAUAAUUGGCGUGAGGAAUUUCUGAUCCAGGCUAGCCCAUUUGACCCUGAAAACUACCCUUUUAUACUGUUGGGUAACAAGAUAGAUAUUGAUGGUGGCAACAGCCGAGUGGAAAGUGAGAAGAAAGCGAAGGCAUGGUGUGCAUCAAAGGGGAACAUUCCUUAUUUUGAAACAUCAGCUAAAGAAGGAUUCGAUGUGGAAGCUGCUUUCCAAUGUAUUGCCAAAAAUGCCCUCAAGAAUGAGCCGGAGGAAGAUAUAUAUCUUCGUGAUACCAUUGAUGUGGCGGGUGGUGCGAGACGACAACAAUCAUCCGGUUGUGAAUGUUAGAUGGAGUUCAUUUUAUGUUAGUUUAAAAAAAAAAUCCAUUGCGUUGCCAAAUUAUUUCUACAAACUAUCGUCAUAGCUUCUUCACCUGUAAUUUAUGCCAUAUUCAGUGAUGAUUGCUAUCGGCUCUUUCCGAGACAUACUUCCUCCUUGCAUGUAUUUUACCACUCUUGUGCAAUUCGUUUACCCUUUCAAAUGUUAUAUGAGUUCUAUUGUUCAUAAUAAAUGUAUUUUGACUUGCAAUGACUGAACAAGUGUCUUCUGAAUGGACUGAACA